UCUCUUCGCGAGUAGAGAUAAGGACACAUGCAUGACGCUCAUCGACGGUCCAGAUUCACUCUGAAGGUUCCCUUUAACGGUACGCUGACCGUCGGAUCUAGUCGUCCACCCAACCACGGUUAGCCACGUUAACCGUGGUUAGGUGACAUGCUGAUAGGCUGGUUUUCAGAGUGAAGAUGAAAGCUUUAAUGCAGACUUAGGAGUGAGGUGAGAGAGGAGGAGGGGAGAGAGAGACAGAGAUCGUGUUCUCUCUCUGGAUUAUGGAGGAGCUCCUUCCCUUUUCUUCGUUUUAUCCGAUUCUUCGAUUAGGUUAAGAUUUCCUAUUUAUGGGAAUUUUUAGAUUCUGAGAUCUACGAAUUUCAUCGGGUUCUUAGCGUUUUUUCAUUUCUUUUUUCGUUUUGUUUUUGUUUUCAUGUCCGCAAUCAUCACUUUUUGAUUCGGAGAUGAUGAUAACUCGGUUGUAGUACCUUGAUUAUUUAUUUUUUUGGGGGGGAAAUUUUGAGCUUCUCUUGCUUAUUUCUCGUUCUUCUUUAAUCGUCAAAGGCCAGGAGCGCGAGAAAUGAGAAUUUCAUUUGUGAUGGCUCAGUAGUUUUGUAUCCCUAGAUCUGGUCCGAUUCUUGGUGAUUCCAUUCCAAAUCAUUUGAAAAGAUCUUGUUUCAGAUUAAGGUUUUUCCUCCCUCUCAGGUCGAGGCGUUGGGUAUUUUAGCUUGUUAGAUCGAGAUUGAGCCGGAGGGCUUCGGUUGUUGAGAGCGAUCGGGCGAUUGAUCGAGUUGUGCUUGGAAUCCAAGAUGAGUUUUUAUUUUCCCGACGAGGUUAUUGAGCACAUCUUCGAUUACCUGACCUCACAUCGAGACCGGAACGCGGUGUCUUUGGUGUGCAAAUCAUGGUUUAGGGUGGAGAGGUUCAGCAGGCAGAGAGUGUUCAUCGGAAAUUGCUACGCGACGAGUCCGGAGAAGGUGAUUUCCAGAUUUCCUCGGCUAAAAGCGGUGACCUUGAAGGGGAAGCCUCAUUUCGCGGAUUUCAACUUGGUUCCAUACAAUUGGGGAGGUUUUGUGCACCCUUGGAUCGAAGCCCUGGCGAAGAAAUGCCCCUGGCUGGAGGAACUCCGGCUGAAGAGAAUGGUGGUGUCUGACGAGAGCCUCGAGCUGCUCUCGCGUUCUUUCGCGAAUUUCAAGUCUUUGGUCAUGAUUACCUGUGAAGGGUUCUCGACCGACGGCCUUGAAGCCAUAGCUACCAACUGUAGGUUCCUAAGGGAGCUGGACUUGCAGGAAAUCGAUAAUGAGGAUCAUAGAGGGCACUGGCUUGGCUGCUUUCCUGAUAGUUGCACUUCACUUGUCUCCCUCAAUUUUGCAUGCCUCAAAGGGGAAGUUAAUUUGGCAGCACUUGAGAGACUUGUGGCAAGGUGUCCUAAUCUUACGAGUUUGAGGUUAAAUCGUAAUGUGCCCCUAGAGGCCCUCCAAAGGAUUCUGAUGCAUGCACCUCAAUUAGUGGACUUGGGUAUUGGUGCUUACGUCCACGACGUGCAUUCUGAAACCUUUUACAAACUGAAGAAUACUCUCCACAAGUGUAAAUCUAUUAGGAGCUUGUCAGGGUUUUUGGAGGUUUCUCCUCGCUGCUUGCUUGCCAUUCAUGGUAUCUGCUUAAAUCUGACCUCCUUGAACCUGAGCUAUGCGCCAGGGAUUCACAAUACUGAGCUAAUAAAGCUGAUUCGCCACUGCAAGAAACUUCAGCGCCUAUGGAUACUGGAUUGUAUUGGAGACAAAGGACUUCAAGAUGUAUCUUCCAACUGCAAAGAAUUGCAGGAGUUGAGGGUAUUCCCAACUGACCCCUAUGGAGUUGUGAGUUCACCAGUAACAGAGGAGGGUUUGGUUGCCAUAUCCAUUGGUUGUCCCAAGCUGCAUUCUUUGCUCUACUUCUGUGAACAGAUGACCAAUGCUGCUCUCAUAACAGUAGCCAAGAACUGCCCCAAUUUCACCAGAUUCAGGCUGUGCACCCUCAACCCGACAAAGGCAGACCCUGUCACAAUGCUGCCGCUGGAUGAAGGUUUUGGGGCAAUAGUUCAGUCAUGCAAGAGUCUCCGGCGGCUGUCCCUCACUGGCCUUCUAACCGACCAGGUUUUUCUCUACAUUGGAAUGUAUGCUGAGCAGCUCGAGAUGCUCUCAGUUGCCUUUGCUGGGGACAGCGACAAGGGAAUGCUGUACGUUCUAAAUGGGUGCAGGAAACUAAAGAAGCUGGAGAUCAGGGACAGCCCUUUCGGAAAUGUGGCACUUCUAACAAGCAUGGGAAAGUAUGAAACAAUGCGAUCCCUUUGGAUGUCGUGCUGCGACAUUACACUCGGAGCCUGCAAGACCCUUGCAAAGAAGAUGCCAAAGCUGAACGUGGAGAUCAUAAACGAUAAUGAUGACGAGAUGGAGGCUGUCCCCGAUGAUGAACAAAAAGUGGAGAAGAUGUACCUGUACCGGAGCAUGGCUGGGCCGAGGAGAGAUACCCCGGACUAUGUGUGGACAUUGUAGAGGCAUCCUCAGCCUAGCUCCCCUGGCUCCAUUGGAUAUUCCUUUUGUACUUUUUUAUUUUUAUGCUUAGGCCAGGUAUUUUUAUGGUCUUUUUAGAGUAUGGUGGUGUAGCAGGGUAUGGUUGGUUAAAUAUUAAAGAGAUUUUCUAUUUGUGAUC